UAUUAUUCUAACCUAAAAAAUAAGGAAAUGUUAACAAACUAACCUAUAAAUUGUUAUUUUCAUUUCGUUACUUAUUAGCAGUUUUAUAAGACUAAAUAUUUAAUGUUAAUUUGAAGAGAAAAUUUUUAAAGGCGUUAAUUUGUUAGAGUGUUUUAUUGUAACAUGGAUGAGAAAAAAAAUGCCAAACUGUCCAGGGCUGUGCUGGAUAUGAAGUUUAUGAAGAAAACUAAGGAAAGAGUUUUAAAAGAAGAAGAAAAUGCGGAAGGGCAAUUAAUGUACUCUAAUGAAAUAACAGAAGAAAUGAAAGCAGCUGGAAACACACUUUUUGUAGAAACCACUUUAGUGUAUUGCAAAGACUUAGUAGAGGGAAGAUUAUCAUUUGGAGGUAUGAAUCCUGUAAUUGAAAAAAUUAUGAAAGAAGAAUACACGAAAAAAUUAGAAGACUCUGAUAAAGCCAAGGAAAAAGAUGUUAGUGAUAUAGAAAUGGCAAAGGGUUAUUCAACAGUAGUGGAUACAAUAGGAAAGAAGUUCCACGAUAAACGAAAUAGAUAUAAAAAGAAAUUUAUUAAACCUUCUGACGAUUAAAUUAUUUCGCAUUUUAUUGUUGUUACGACAUAUGCAAAUACAUUUUGGUAUUUUUGUAAUUGUAUUAUUUUAUUGUAAUUAAUGACAAACUACAUUUUAAUUAUAAAUGAGCAAUUUUGGGGGCGGUGACACAAAAUGCAAAAAUUUGAAAUGCAAGUUAUGUAAUCUAUCACAUGUGGCGCUUGCGUAUUUUAAUUAAUACUAACCAAAAUAACCUUUCUUUUUUCCUUCACCACUUACAUUUGUGGAAAAGUGGAGUUCGUUGCGGACGUUCGCGUUGCAGUGUGAAAGUACUUUCAAUCCACCGCUUUCUUAUUGUUUAAUUUUUUAUCACAUCAAAUCAA